ACGCCGGACCAGGAAGCGCUCAUGGCGCGGGUGAGACGCUCGGACGAUUACUACUCCAUCUUAGGCAUCGCGAAGGGCUGCUCCGACGCGGAGAUCAAAAAGGCGUAUCGAAAGACCGCGAUGAAGCUUCACCCGGAUAAGUGCCAGGCCACGGGCGCGGACGAGUGCUUCAAACGCGUCGGCAGGGCGUACGCGUGCCUCAGCGACGAGGACAAGAGGGCGGCGUACGAUCGGUACGGGACGGAGGAUCCCGGGGGGAUGCGCGGCGGCGGCGGCGGGCACGCGUACCGCGGGUUCGCGCACGACGACAUCGACCCGGCGGAGAUAUUCAACAUGUUCUUCGGCAACGGCGGGUCCCCGUUCGGGAAC